AAAAGAGAGAAUAAAUUAUGCCAUGUCGAUCACGUUUCUCAUUUUUCUCCGCUGAAGCAGAGGAGAAGGUCGUUACCAAUAAACCUCAAUAACGGCGCCGUUUUUGACUUUCUCAUUCUGCUUCAUCAACUUCAAUGGCGGAAGAGAAUUCAAGGAGCAAGAAAACAAUUCCACCGUAUAUGAAGGCUAUUUCCGGUUCAUUAGGUGGAAUCGUUGAAGCUAGUUGUUUGCAACCUAUUGACGUUAUCAAAACCCGGCUUCAACUGGACCGGGCCGGUGCUUACAAGGGGAUUGCGCACUGUGGUUCUACCAUUGUUAAUAACGAAGGUGUAAGGGCUUUAUGGAAAGGAUUGACGCCAUUCGCUACUCAUUUGACUCUCAAGUAUGCGUUGCGUAUGGGUUCAAAUGCGGUUUUUCAGACAGCUUUUAAGGACUCGGAAACAGGUAAGCUUAGUCCGCAGGGUCGAUUGAUGGCUGGUUUUGGUGCUGGUGUGCUUGAAGCUCUUGUUAUUGUCACGCCCUUUGAGGUGGUGAAGAUUAGACUCCAGCAGCAGAGAGGAUUAAGUCCUGAGCUAUUACGAUACAAGGGACCUGUACACUGUGCUCGUAUGAUUGUUCGUGAAGAAGGCAUUCUCGGUCUCUGGGCAGGUGCGUCGCCAACAGUUAUGCGUAAUGGUACAAAUCAGGCCGCCAUGUUUACAGCCAAGAAUGCAUUUGACACAAUAUUGUGGAAGAAACAUGAAGGUGAUGGGAAAGUUCUUCAUCCAUGGCAGUCCAUGAUAUCAGGAUUCCUGGCAGGGACAGCUGGUCCUAUAUGCACCGGUCCAUUUGACGUUGUGAAAACAAGGCUCAUGGCUCAGAGUAAAUCUGUGGGCGAGUUGAAGUACAGAGGAAUGUUUCAUGCCAUUGCAACAAUACAUGCAGAAGAAGGAUUACGUGCCUUAUGGAAAGGACUAAUUCCCCGGCUCAUGAGGAUCCCACCUGGACAGGCGAUUAUGUGGGCUGUGGCUGACCAAAUAACUGGCUUUUACGAGAGGACAUAUUUGACAAAUGCACCUUUAUAGGUACUACUGCAGUUUUAUCAUUGCCUUUCUUAGUUCACUUUUCUGGCAGAAGCUCAGCAAGUUUUUCCCUUCAUAGUUUCUUUAGCUAUUGAUUAAAUGCGAAAAGAAGAUGGCGCUACGCCUUAUCCACAUUUUUUCUGUGAUCCCGCAACCUUUCAAAUGUUUGUCUAGACUACCUCUAUCUUUACAGGCUGAGGAACUGAGUUUUGCAGUAAAAUUGAAAUCUUUGAAGUCUCAUUUUGAUAUGUACUGAGGAUGGAAAUCCUAACUGGUGUGAUUGAAGUGCUUGAGAACAUUGUUGAUUUUUUACCCUUGCCAAAAGGAAAUUAAAAAAGAAACAUUUUAAAUUC